ACCUCAAUCUCGCCGUGACCGCCAUCCAACACGCGCACCAGUCGUCUUCGUCGCGCCGUCAGUCCGCCAGCCAGCGCGAAGGUCGCCGCACACCCGAACCACGCUCACAAGAUCUGCCCCAGCCGUCCAAAUCGCCAGCCACACUUCCCGAAAACCCCAAAGGGGUGACGUUUCCACCCGUCCGCGUCGAUCCCGACGCUCUCCGCCGGCGUCCCGACGCACCCGGCCUCCCUGGGCCGCCCGGAAGGAACAUGUGCACCUCCGCCGCCUGAGCGCAGUGUCAGGGUUCCGUUGCCGCAAUCGGCGAGUUGUUGAUGUGCGUGCUUUUUUAGUUUAGUUAGUAUUUUUUUAUUUUAGUUGUUUUUAACUACUUUGUUCAAGAGUUUUUUUCGUUUUUUUGUUGUUGGUGUGACUGUGUGUGUGUGUUUUGUUGUGGAUUGUUGGGCCGGGACCGAGAUUAUGAAUCAUGCGGCAGUAAGGUGACAAACGAUGCAGAAGAUGGAUUCUAGAAUUGGUCUCGACUUCAUUGUCGAGAAUCCAGAGUAUAUACGAAAAUUGGCAGCUGCCUUGGACACGACCAACGUGACUGUGAAAAAGCAAGUUUUCGAACUGCUUUCCGCACUGUGUGUUCAUAACGCAGAAGGCCAUGCAAGGGCAUUAGACACAUUAGAAGAUUAUAAGAAAAUGAAGGGGGAGAGAUAUAGACUGAGUAUGAUAGUUAAAGAGCUAGACAGAUCUACCAUCGUAGAGUACCAAACUGCUUUGGUCGCUUUCAUCAACUGUCUCAUAAUCUCCACGCCUCGUCUAACAGAUAGAACAAGGCUCAGGAACGAGUUUAUUGGAUGUCAUCUACUUCCUGUGCUGAACAAUCUGAGGAAAUGUGCAGAAGCUGAACCAGAACUGGCAGUCCAGCUGGAUGUUUUCGAUGAGCAACGUGACAGCGACGACGCCCAAACAGCUCAACAAGGACCGCACGGAGUAGAUCUGAACUCCCCCUUAGACGUGUUCUAUGCCAUACUGAAACAGGUAGCUGAAACACCACAGGAGAUACCAUUUCUGAGCAUCCUGCAACACCUGCUGCGCAUCGAUCCGAAAGAGGCCAUCAGUGACAUAAUAUGGGACACAGCGGAACGUCUGGUGCACAGGGCAACCCUUCUAGAAAACAGGGAUGAUGCUUCUAGGUUACUACGAGCUCCUAGCGUGCAGAACAGACUCUAUUGUCACUGCCAACAAAGGUCACCUGAUGGCAAUAUGAGCAGGAGGCAAUCGCUGUCUACGCCACUGAGUCCCACCACCACUGGACCCGUUCCCCCACCUCCACCUCCAAGCAGUGGUCCGUUACCUCCUCCUCCUCCACCUCCUCCUAAUAUUCCCCUACCUCCUUCGAUUCCCCCUCCAGCACCUAUUCCACCUCCUUCUCCCCAUAGACUUCAAGUCCGUCCACCCAUUAUGAGGACAGAACCAGAAGCUGUGAUACAAAGGUUACCACAACAAGAGAUACCAGCGCCAAAAAUCAAGAUGAAGACCAUCAACUGGAAUAAAAUACCAAACAAUAAGGUGGUAGGCAAAAACAACGUAUGGACUCAGGUAGCUUACUCCCACCAGCACUCUCCAAUGACAGACAUGGAUUGGUCAGAAAUGGAAGGCCUUUUCUGUCUGCAAGCUCCCCCCUCCCCUAAACUUGGCGGACGAGAGUCUGCUUCGAACACAGCUGACCCUGUGGAAAGAAGACUGAGGAAAGACAACGCAGAGAUAACUUUAUUGGACGGCAAAAGAAGCCUGAAUGUAAAUAUAUUCCUUAAGCAGUUCAGGAGUUCCAACGAAGAAAUAGUGCGUUUGAUCAGAGAGGGGGCUCAUGAAGAAAUAGGAGCUGAAAAAUUGAAGGGGCUGUUGAAGAUUCUUCCAGAAUUGGACGAACUGGACAUGUUGAGGUCCUUCAAUGGCGACUUCCAUAAAUUAGGGAAUGCUGAAAAAUUUUUAGUGCAAUUAAUUCAAUUAUCCAAUUAUAAAUUACGCAUAGAAAGCAUGCUACUGAAAGAGGAAUUCGCAUCGAACAUGAGCUAUUUACAGCCCAGCAUCAAUUCCAUGAAGCUCGCAGCGCAAGAUCUGAUGACCAAUAAACCGCUUCAGGAGGUACUCUAUAUGAUUCUGGUAGCAGGCAAUUUUCUGAACGCGGGAGGUUACGCUGGAGAUGCUGCUGGUGUGAAAUUAACCUCUUUGCAGAAGAUAACAGACAUACGAGCUAACAGACCUAACAUGAAUCUAGUCCAUUUUGUAGCUUUGCAAGCAGAAAAAAGAAAUACAGAGUUGGCAAGUUUCACACAAAAUAUUGGGCUUCUAGAAGAUGCUGCAAAGACUACAGUUGAACAGUUACACAAUGAAAUCAAUGCUUUGGAUGUUAGAAUAAAGAAAAUAAAGAAACAAAUUGAAAGCUUCAAUACUGAAAUAGAAAUAAGGCAUCAAAUGGUGGAUUUCUUAUUGUAUGCUGAGCAAGAAGUAGAAAAUGUGCAGAGAGGAAUGAAAGAAUUGGAAAGUAUCAGAGUCAAGCUUGGAGAAUUUUUCUGUGAAGAUCUCAACACUUUCAAACUAGAAGAGUGCUUCAGAAUAUUUCAUGGUUUCUACUGCAAGUUCAAGCAGGCCUUGACAGAAAACGAGAGGAGGAAGUUGCAAGAGGAGCAAGCCAUGGCUAGAAGAAAACAAAGGGAAGAACUGCUGGCCAUCAAAAGGAAACAAAUGGAAUCAAUGGCUAAUAGUGCGGAUUUAGAAACACCCUUUAUUGAUCUUCAACUCUAUGAUCCGAAAAGUACCUCAUUAAAAAAGGGUAGAAAAGCACAGGCGAACUCAGAAGAUGAACAGUCUAUAACAGGUUCUCCUCUUUCAAGGAGACGAUUAGGUUCCUUCAAUGGAAACGGUGAUUCAUCUUUCAACAGAGAAGAAAGAUCCCCAGAUAUAACACCAAACGGCAGCCUUAGAAGAAGAAGGAGCAGAGUUCUGUCAGAAGAAGAUGAGGGUAACCUAAUGGACUUCCUCAGGUCUUCUGGCAACGAGAAUAAUAGGGAAAGAAAGUCAUGGGGAAGUUUAGAUCGAUCGUGGGCGAGAAAAAUCCGAGGUAGUGGACCAAGAAAGAGACCUGCUCUGCUGAACGCAGACUUCAGCUCCGACAGAGAGAGGCCGUCAUCUCCUUCUCCUCUUUCUGAAUACAAACCAAUAGUUACCUCAGCGCCCGAAGAGGAGACAACAACGAAAAAACCCAAAGAAUGGCGGCAGAAGAUCGAAUCUUGGCUACAUUCGAACGACAACGAUCAAACGACAGACGAAUCCAAAAGGCAGGCAAGGAAAUUGACCAAUAGAAGGAGUUUGGAGAUGGAUUCAGAGAGUGAAAGAAGUGGUACUCUGGAUACCUUACCUGAAGGAAAACAAGUCUACAGUGGAAGUCAGUCGUCUUACAGAAAAAUUCACCCUGCCUGGAAACCUUCAACAACUAUAGACAACACAGAUGUCGUUGGUGCAAUAGAAGCAGUGGAAGAGAUGCAGCCACAAAUCAAAGACAAGUCGGCUUGGCGAAAGUCAACGUUGAAUGUCGCCAACAGCACAGAGGAAACUCCAGAAGAAAAAUCCCGCCACAGGUACCAACCUAGACACGUUGACUUAUCCAGAAGUUUAGAAGGCGAAAACGAGAGGAAAUCUCUCAUUACUCAGCUUGGUGCCAAGCCUGCGAACGAUAAGCUCACCCUGUAUAUAAGACAACCUAGUGAGUUAUCGAGAGAUGAUAAGCCAUCGAAUUUGGUCCAAGUUCCGAGGAGAGUCAGGGAUUCUCAAAGUAGUUUGGAUCAAAGUGUAAAUAACAAAGUGGAUAUAGAUCAAGAUAAUAUCGAGACGCCGCCUGCUGUGAGGAAAAUCUUUGUGCCUUCCCCUGUUGAUAAGAGGGAUCCAGUGCCUCCUUCGCCUUGCAGCAGAAGGAUGCUGAAUAGAAACGACAGUGAAGAAACAGAGGUUCUGGGCGAUGGACAAUUCGACAGACAUUCUGCAGCAAGAAGAACUAGAAGGUUCAAACGUAGCACAGACGCUUCGGAGUCUUCUUCACCUCCAGAGCUCGCUUGCGACACGCAACUGACCAAAGAAUCUUCACCAAUUGACAUUCCAGUGCCACGCCAAACUGCCGACACUGUGGAUGAGACUGCAGCCAGGUUGAAGGUGUGGCAAGACAAGCUCAGGAACCAAGAGUCUGAAAGUAGAUUGAAUAGAAGAAACAGAAACCAUACUGAGAUCAGGCCUGAAGACGUCAAGAAAGCCUUCCAGAUCAGCCAAUCGCAAGAACUUAAACACCCCAAUUUCAGCACAGCAAGUGGCAAGCCUCAAUCGAACAGGAUCGACAUACCUCAGCGUAGACCGAAGGAACAUGACAACGAUGAGGGUUUUGAGGAGACGCAGAGCCUUAUGUCAGAAUCUCCUAGUCAGGGAGCUUCAUCAGGUGGAAACUACGAAACAGACAUCACUGAUAGUACGCGUAUUGUCAUCGAGGACUUCACCGAAGGAAAAAAACACAUUUAUAAGACGAAACUCGCCGAUAAACCAAAGGAAAAUUUGAGGAAAGAACGCGAUUUGAAGCCAUCUUCUAAAAGGACCACAGUAGUUCAAAAGGAGGUGAAGAGAUCUGCUUCUAGCGGAGUAACACGGACUAGGACUCCAUUGGACAGGAGUUUACCCAUACGGCAGCAAACUCAGGAAGCCAAAAAGCCUGUUACUCCAGUACGUUCUGUCAACUUGAAGAAGGUGGACUCCCAAAAUAGCAUCACAUCGAAAAAGCCUACCAAAGUCCAGCGUUCAAACUCCCGGAACAGCAUAGUAAGCUCGAGGAGUUCUUUGAACAGUUCAGCAUCCACCAAUACCGUCAAAAGGAAUCCUUUAAGAAGCAGUGCUACCAACGUAACGAACCCUAAAAUCGUUAUCACUUCAAGAAGUACAUCUGUCAGGGUUCCCCCUAGUACCGUUAAUAAAGUGCCUUUGAAGAGAGUUUCUUCAGUUAGUAGCUCAAGCGGUAGUUCUAGUAGACCGCCAAGGCCUCAGGGGCAGUCCUUCAUGAAGCCUACUACUUCCAGUACGACAAAAAUAAAUUCCACCGUAACCCCAAACAGAACAACCGUUAGGUCAAGGAAUUGAAGAAUCACAUUUAGGAUAUUAAUUAUUUAUUCGAGAAUAUAAUACUAAAUUAGGGCAUCGCUAAUUUGAAUUGGAUCUAAAAGUAAUUCGGUGCCUUAUAAUAUAAUGGCUUAUUUAGCCGAAGAACGAGUUUAAACAUUCAUUCCACUAAUGAUAAUUAUCUUAAAUUAUAUUUUCCCUAACAAGAUUAUGUGCAAUACAUAUGGUGAGACCUCUAUUGAUGAUUUGAACGCUCAGUUAUAACUUUAAUGAAAGUGAGUACUUGCUUUUCGAAUUCGCUUCAUUUUUGACAUACAUAAUAUAUAAAAAGAACAUAUUCACCUCUUUCAUUUCAGGAUACAUCGACAAUGAAAUAGGGUAGUUCUGAUGCACAUAUUGUUUAGGUUAAUUAAGUCUAUGGUAGUUCAAACGAUCAGAAUUCCAAAUUUCCCCUACUAUCAAUAAAUUAAUGAAUUUUAAAGUCAUUAGAAGUAAUGGCAAAGUAAUCAUUACACAAUGGAUAUCAACUAAUAUCGUCAUUUAAACUCACUGUGAGCAAUUAUUGAAAUAGUAUUCAAAGAAUAUUUCUUAAGACUCAAGCACAAAAUAAUUUCUGGAUAAUAAUUAUUACAGGCGAAAUAUUCUAGUAAAAGUAUUCACAGAUUAAGUUUUUAAAAAACCCGGAAGAUCUGCAAUUUAGUGCAAUUACUAUUUAUCUAUUUUUGCAACUUUUGAGAUUAGUACACAAAAUUUUAAAAUAAACUGUAAUAUACACAAAAAAUGAAAGUAUUGAUCAGUGCUUUUCUUUUAGUGCUAAUGGGUAUUGAACAAUAAAUGUACGAUUCCAAGAAAAUUUUAUUAAAAUGUUUAGGUCUUCACAAUCAAAUAAUUCAACACAUUAAAAGUGUAGAAGAACGUCUUAGGAACUAGAGUUUUGCUCAGACUAUUUUCACAAUUCUUAUUAAUCUAAUUCUAAAUUUCACUUAUACAUUAUCGAAGUUACAUAUAAAAAAAUAGUUAAUGGUAAUCUCUUUCUCAGUUCAUAUUCAGUAUUACAAUUAAGUUAAUCAGCUAAAAUAAAUUAAUCGAUGCUACUUAUCAAUCUCGACUUACAACUCACUUAAUAGUUAGGACAAUUAUUAUUAUAGAUCUUUUUUAUUUUUAUAUGUAAUGAAAUAACUAAUUUAUAUAUUCAUUUGUUACCAAAUAUCCAACACAAAUAGACAAUUUAUUUCAGCUGUCUUCUUUUUUUCUAUGCAACCUUGUAAUAUUUAUCACCAAACCAUUCUCCAUGAUCACUGAGGUAU